AUGGUCUUCCGACUGAACUCCCUUGCUAUAUUCGUUCUUCUGCUCGUUGCUCUAAUCGCCUGCGUCGAAUCAGGCAAUCCAAGUGGCGGAUGGGGCGGUUCAUCAGGAGCCGGUUGGAGCAGUUCUCCGGACGGGAGCUUCGGUGGAUCAUCGGGAAGUGGCUGGGGAGCAAAUCUUGCAAGCAAUGACAACAAGAAGAUGCGGUUCACAGGCUACAUUUCUUCUCAAUAA